CUCCAGGCGCCUGAGAGGACCGGCAGCAUGGAGCGGAUGGGGAGUAAGGCAGCUGUUGUGCUGUGUAUGGACGUGGGCUUUACUAUGAAUAACUCCUUUCCUGGUAAAGAGACCCCAUUUGAACAAGCAAAGAAGGUGAUGACCAUGUUUAUCCAGCGACAGGUGUUUUCUGAGAGCAAGGAUGAGAUUGCCUUAGUCCUGUUUGGUACAGAUGACACUGAGAAUAGCCUUGCUAGAGGGGACCAGUAUCAAAACAUCACAGUGCACAGACACCUGAUGCUACCAGAUUUUGACUUGCUGGAGGACAUUGAAAACAAAAUCCAACCAGGUUCUCAACAAGCCGACUUUCUGGAUGCCCUCAUCGUGUGCAUGGAUGUGAUUCAGCGUGAAACUGUGUAAGUGUUUCAUCUGAAAAAAGCUAGAAAUGAGCCUUUCUGCUAAAACUAUAUGGAUUGGUUAGCUUGUCUUUUUAACUAUUGCUGGUCUUUUCUGGAUAGUUUGCCUUUCUCCAUCGGCAAGAAAGAAGGAACUGGGGACAGAGGAGAUGGCAACUUCAGCUUGGACCACUCUGAACCAUCCUUUCCUCUAAAAGGAUUUACUAAGCAGCAAAAAGAAGGUAUUCAGAUGGUAGAAAAGAUGAUGAUGUCUUUAGAAGGUGAAGAUGGAUUGGAUGAAAUUUAUUCCUUCAGUGAGAGCCUGCGACAACUGAAUGCCUUUAAGAAAAUUGAGAGGCGUUCCAUGCCCUGGCCCUGCCAACUGACCAUUGGCUCCAAUUUGUCUAUAAGGAUUGUGGCUUAUAAAUCGAUUAUACAGACAAAAGCUAGAAAGACUUGGAUAAUUGUGGAUGCAAGAACCCUAAAGAAAGAAGAUGUACGAAGAGAAACAGUUUAUUGCUUAAACGAUGAUGAUGAAACAGAAGUUUCCAAAGAGGAUACUAUUCAAGGGUUCCGCUAUGGAAGUGAUAUAGUUCCUUUCUCUAAAGUGGAUGAGGAACAAAUGAAAUAUAAAUCAGAUGGAAAGUGCUUCUCUGUUUUGGGAUUUUGUAGAUCUUCUCAGGUCCAGAGGAGAUUCUUUAUGGGAAAUCAAGUUUUAAAGGUUUUUGCAGCAAAAGGUGAUGAGGCAGCAGCAGUUGCACUCUCCUCCUUGAUUCAUGCUUUGGAUGAAUUAGAUAUGGUUGCCAUAAUUCGAUAUGCUUAUGGCACAAAAACUAACCCUCAAGUUGGUGUGGCUUUUCCUCUCAUCAAAGAAGCUUAUGAGUGUUUAGUGUAUGUGCAGCUGCCUUUCAUGGAAGACUUGCGGCAGUACAUGUUUUCAUCACUGAAAAAUAAUAAGAAAUUCACUCCCUCGGAGGCACAAUUGAGUGCCAUUGAUGAGCUAAUUGACUCCAUGAGCUUGAUUAAGAAAGAUGAGGAAGAAGACACCAUUGAAGAUUUGUUUCAAACCACCAAAAUCCCAAAUCCUGAAUUUCAGAGGUUAUUCCAGUGUCUGCUGCACAGAGCUUUACAUCCCCAGGAGCCUCUGCCCCCAAUUCAGCAGCAUCUUUUGAAUAUGCUGGACCCUCCCACUGAAGUGAGAGCAAAAUGUCAGAGUUCUUUUUCUAAAAUAAAGACUCUUUUCCCUCUCACUGAAGCCAUCAAGAAAAAGGAUCAAAUAACUGCCCAGGAUAUUUUCCAAGACAAUCGUGAAGAAGAGCCAUCUGCUAAAAAAUCUAAAACUGAGGAAGGGGAAGCCAACUUCAGUGUUUCUAGCCUGGCCGAAGGCACUGUCACUAAGGUUGGAAGUGUAAAUCCUGCUGGAAACUUUCGUGCUCUAGUGAGACAGAAGAAUGUCAGCUUUGAGGAAGUAAGUCACCAGCUAAUAAAUCACAUUGAACAAUUUUUGGAGACAAAUGAAACACCAUAUUUUAUGAAGAGCAUGGAUUGCAUCAAAGCUUUCCGAGAAGAAGCUAUUCAGUUUUCAGAAGAGCAGCGCUUCAACACUUUCCUGAAAGCCCUUCGAGAAAAAGUGGAAGUUAAAAAAUUAAGUCAUUUCUGGGAAAUUGUGGUUCAGGAUGGAAUUACACUGAUCUCCAAAGAUGAAGCCUCUGGAAGCUCCAUCACAGCUGAGGAAGCCAAACAGUUUCUGGCCCCCAAAGAAAAGCCAAAUGAAGAUGUGGCAGCUGCAUUUGAAGAAGGUGGUGAUGUGGAUGAUUUACUGGACAUGAUAUAGGCCAUGGGCUUGUGGAAACCCAGGGCUGCCAUCUCUUUGGUCCUGGGAGCUCUACUAGAACAACCUGGAAGAGGCCACUCAAAGGGACCAGAAGCUCUGAAGAUCAUGUUAGCAGGUUACUCUGAACUGAAUCAGAGUCUGGCUCUGUGGAGUGAACACAUACACAUAUAUUAUAAGGGAUAAUUUAGACCCCAUACAUGUUUAUAAAGUUAGUCAUUAUUUUCUGACUGGCACAUUA